AACUCACUGCCCGCUGCCCCAGACCGGGGCGGAAGCUUCUCCGGGAGUCUCCCGGGCGCGCUCCGCCAUGAUAGUUCGGCCGGCUCCGCUAGGAGACACCCCCUGCCGCCGACUCGGAAGUUCCUCCGCGGGGUGGAGCUCCGCCAUCACACGGACCGAGGCGCUUGUGGCCCGCUCCGGAGCAGGGGGCCGAGCCGCAGCCUCGCCCAGGCCUGUGGUCUCGCCGCAGGCCUCUCCCACCGGAUGACAGGCCCGCGCGUGUUCGCAGCCGUCCCGCUCCCGGCCACGGUGCCGCUCCACCGCCAAGCGCCCCGGCCACCAGGCGAAAGCUGCCUCUGCCUCAACACCCCCGCACGCAGCGUACCCGGAGGCUCCGCUAGGAGCCGGGAUUUGCCCGGCCCCAGGGAACCGAACAGGGAUGGGGCUAGUCGGGAUUCAUUCCGCGCCCUCCGGCCCCAACUUCCCUGCCCUUGGAAUGCAGGGUGACUAGAUUUUUUUCUCGUAAAUUCUGAAACAGAAAACUCAUGGGGAGGUUAGUUCUCAGCUUCUAGCUCACACCUAUGAAUGGCCCUUGAAGUGUCAAAUCAAUUGCCUAGCCUGUCCUUAUGGCUUUUCCACUGAGAAGUGGAGGGGUUGCAGGCCUCAGGAAGGAGAGUGCCUAUACCAGCCCCCUUUUACAGAUUCAGAAGGUUUGGAUAGUUUGCAUAAGCUCUCAGUAGAUGUUUGAUUUUUUUGGAUGCUUGUGUGACCUAACCGCAACCUUAUCAAAAUUUGUUCAGCACUAGAGGAUGUGGUGCUAGCCUUUGGAAACAGACUGCAAGUGUGAGUGUUCUGGUGCUGGGGGAAAACAUUACACAAUCUGGUGGUGGGAUCUGAAACAAGGAAACUUUCAUGCCAACUUGCCUCAAUUCUGUAAUGUUGUUUUGGUGCUGUCAGAUCUCCGGGGAUUUGUUUUGACUAGGAAAAGUGGUCAGGUUUAGGUUGGGUUUAACUAACAUAUGCUAGCUAAACCCAAUCUCCUCUUUACCUCUUUCUUUAUGUAGAUGCAGGGUAUAGUUUAAUUUAGCUGAUCAAACUGUAACCUAGACUCUUGCCUAGGAGCCAAUGGAGGGCCCUUCAGUGGAUCUGGAGCAGGACUGCAUCCUUUUCGUACAGACUCACCCAUCCUUGGCAACCCCUGGCAUCUCCUCCAGGAUCCUCUAUGUACUUCUCUGCUAGCAAUUAUUUCAUCCCUGCUACAAAAAUAAGCAAUUAUGUUGUUUGAGGAGACUCUGUCAAGGUGUAAUGCCAAAGAAUCCUUAAUCUCUCCCAGGGGGUUUAGCCCUCCCCUUGGGUGGAGGUAGUUUCUGCCCCAUAUAGCUGCUCCUGGAAGGGAGUUGCACUGUUUCAUAGAUUCUAAUGCCAUAAGGGAUCAUUGUGAUCAUCUAAUCUGACUUCCCAAUUUAGCACAGGCUAUGGAACAUCUUCAAAAUAAUUCCUAGAGCAUAUCUUUUAGAAAAACAUCCAGUCUUGAUUUAAAAAUUGUCAGUGAUGGAGAAUCUACCACAACCCUUGGUAAGUUGCUCCAAUGGUUAAUGACUCACCAUUAAAAAUUUACACCUUAUUUCCAGUAUGAUUUUUUUUUCUCGCUUCAACUUCCAGACAUGAGAUCCCGUUAUACCUUUCUCUGCUAGUAAGAGUCCAUUAUUAAAUAUUGGUUCCCCAUGUAGGUACUUAUAGACUGUAAUUAACUUAACAAAGAGAAGGCUAAGGGGUGACUUAAACAGGUAGAGCUCCUUGAAUCUAUUAGAAUCAUAGAAUAUCAGGGUUGGAAGGGAUCUCAGGAGGUCAUCUAGUCCAACCCCCUGCUCAAAGCAGGACCAAUCCCCAAUUAAAUCAUCCUAGCCAGGGCUUUGUCAAGCCUGACCUUAAAAACUUCUAAGGAAGGAGAUUCUACCACCUCCCUAGGUAACGCAUUCCAGUGUUUCACCACCCUCCUAGUGAAAAAGUUUUUUCUAAUAUCCAACCUAAACCUCCCCCACUGCAACUUGAGACCAUUAUUCCUUGUCCUGUCCUCUUCUACCACUGAGAAUAGUCUAGAACCAUCCUCUCUGGAACCACCUCUCAGGUAGUUGAAAGCAGCUAUCAAAUCCCCCCUCAUUCUUCUCUUCUGCAGACUGAACAAUCCCAGUUCCCUCAGCCUCUCCUCAUAAGUCAUGUGUUCCAGACCCCUAAUCAUUUUUGUUGCCCUUCACUGGACUCUCCAAUUUAUCCACAUCCUUCUUGUAGUGUGGGGCCCAAAACUGGACACAGUACUCCAGAUGAGGCCUCACCAAUGUCGAAUAGAGGAGGACGAUCACAUCCCUCGAUCUGCUCGCUAUGCCCCUACUUAUACAUCCCAAAAUGCCAUUGGCCUUCUUGGCAACAAGGGCACACUGCUGACUCAUAUCCAGCUUCUCAUCCACUGUCACCCCUAGGUCCUUUUCUGCAGAACUGCUAUAAGGCUGGUUUUCUUAUAUAAUUACUAUAAGGCUGGUUUUCUACUCCUUUAAUCAUUCUCCUGGCUUUUCUCCAAAGUCUCUCCAAUUUAUCAACAUUAUUUUUGAAUUGUGGACACUGGAACUAGAAUAAUAGAACUGUGGAUCUGGAAGGGACCUCAGGAGGUCAUCUAGUCCAGUCUUCUGCGCUCAUGGCAGGACUAAGUCUUAUCUAGACCAGUGGUGGGCAACCUGCAGGCUGCACGUGGCCUGUCAGGGUAAUCUACUGGUGGGCUGCAAGACAGUUAGUUUACGUUGAGCAUCCGCAGGCACACCACCCGCAGCUCCCAGUGGUUGUGAUUCGCUGUUUCCAGCCAAUGUGAGGUGUGGGAAGCGGCGUGGGCUGCAGGUUACCCACCACAGAUAGGUGUUUGUCUAACCUGUCCUUAAAAAUCUGCAGUGAUGGAGAUUGUGGAAUCUCCCUGGGCGGCAUAUUCCAGUGCUUAACCACCCUGUCAGUUAGGAGAUUUUUCCUUAUGUCCAACCUAAACCACCCUGGUUGCAAUUUACCUCUCUCCAUCUUGUAACAAUCUUUUAUGUACUUGGAAACUGUUAUGUCACCUCUGUCUUCUCUUUUGCAGACUAAACAAACCCAUUUUUUUUCAAUCUUCCCUCAUAGAUCAUGUUUUCUAGAUCUCUAAUCAUUUUUGUUACUCUUCUCUGGACUUUUUCCAAUUUGUCCACAUCUUUCCUGAAAUGUGGCACACAGAAUUGGACACAAUACUCCAGUUGAGGUCUAAUCAGCACAGAGUAGAGCGGAAGAAUUACUUCUCGUGUCUUGCUUAUAACUCUCCUGCUAAUACAUUCCAGCAUGAUGUUUGCUUCUUUUGUAACAGUGUUAGACUGUGAACUCAUAUUUAGCUUGUGAUCCACAAUAACUCCCCCAGAUCCCUUUCUGCAGUACUGCUUCCUAGGUAGUCAUUCCCAUUUUAUAUAUGUGCAGCUGAUUGUGCAUUCCUAAGUGGUGUACUUUGCAUUUGUCCAUAUUGAAUUUCUUCCUAUUUACUUCAGAUCAUUUCUCCAGUUCGUGCAAAUCAUUUUGAAUUUUAAUCCUAUCCUCUGAAGCACUUUUCUACCCCUCACAGCUUGGUGUCAUCUGCAAACUUUAUAAGUGUACUCUCUAUGCCAUUAUCGAAAGCAUUGAUGAAGCAGUUGAACAGAACUGGACCCAAAACUAAUCCCAGUGGGACCCCACAAAAUAUGCACUUCCAACUUGACUGUGAACCACUGAUAACUAUGCUCUGGGAAGGGUUUUCCAACCAGUUAUGCACCCUCCUUAUACUAGCUUGUAUUUCCCUAGUUUGUUUAUGAGUCGGUCAUGGGAGCCAUAUCAAAAGCCUUACUAAAGUCAAGAUAUACAACAUCUAUCACUUCCCCCCCCAUCCACAAGGCUUGUUACUCUGUCAAAGAAAACUAUUAGGUUGGUUUGACAUGACCAGUUCUUGACAAAUCAGUGCUGACUGUUACUUAUCACCUUAUUAUCUUCUAGGUGUUCACAAAUUGAUUGUUUAAUUAUUUGCUCUGUUUUCUUUCCAGGUACUGAAGUUAAGCUGACUGGUCUGUAGUCCCCCAGGUUUUCCUUAUUUCCUUUUUUAUAGAUUGGCACUAUAUUUGCUGUUUUCUAAUCCUCUGGAAUCUCUCCCAUCUUCCCUGACUUUUCAAAGAUAAUUGCUAAUGGCUCAGAUAUCUCCUCAGUCAGGUCUUUAAGUAUUCUAGGAUGUAUUUCACCAGGCCCUGGUGACUUGAGUACAUAUAACUUGUCUAAGUACUUUUUAGCUUGGUCUGUGCCUGUUUUAGCCUCCGAUUCUACCUCUCUUUCACUCGCAUUCACUAUGUUAGACUCCAGUUGCUACUAACCUUUUUGGUGAAAACUGAAACAAAAAAGUCAUUUAGCACUUCUGUCAUUUCCACAUUUUCUGUUGUUGUUUUUCCCCUCCUCCUUGAGUAACGGGCCUACCCAGUCCUUCCAUCUUCCUUUUGUUUCUAAUGUAUUUGUAGAAUGUUUUCUUGUUACCCUUUAUGUUUCUAGCUAGUUUAAUCUCGUUUUGUGCCUUGGCCUUUCUAAUUUUGUCCGUAUAUACUUUAUUCGUUUAUAUUCAAGCUUUGUAAUAUGACCUAGUUUCCAUUUUUUGUAGGACACUUUUUUGGGUUUCAGCUCACACAGGAGUCUAGCAGUGUUCACACCAGUGCCAAAUAAAGAAGUAAAAUAACCUCUCUGCUCCUACACAAGAUUCCCCCUGCUUAUGCAUUUCAGGAUCACGUUAGCUCUUUUGACCACUGUGUCACAUUGGGUGCUCAGGUUCAUCAGAUUAUCUACCAUGACCCCCAAAUCUUUUUCAGAGUCACUGUUUCCCAGGAUAGAGUCCCCCAUCUUAUAAGAAUGGCCUACAUUCUUUGUUCCCAGAUGUAUAUAUUUAUAUUUAGUCAUAUUAAAACAUGUUGUUUGCUUGUUCCCAAUUUACCAAGCAAUUCAGAUCGUUCUGAAUCAGUGAUCUGUCUUCUUCAUUAUUUAUAAUUCCCCCAAUUUUCAAGUCAACGGCAACCUUUGUCAGCGAAGAUUUUAUAUUUUCUUCUAGUUUAUUAAUAAAGAUGUUAAAUAGUGUAGGAUCAAGAACUGAUUCCUGAGGUAUCCCAAUGGAAAAACACAUGCUUUAUGCUGAUUCCCCUUUUCAAUUACAUUUUGAGUCCUAUCAGCCCAUUUUUAAUCAAUUUAAUGUGUGUCAUGUUAAUUUUAUAUUAUACUAUUUUUAAUCAAAAUGUGCAGCACCAAGUCAAACACCUUAGAGAAGUCUAAGUAUAUGAUGUCAAUGCUAUUACUUCUAUCAAUCAAACUUCUAAUCUCAUCAAAAAAAAUACUAAGUUAGUUUGACAGAUCUAUUUUCUAUAAACCUAUGUUGAUUUGCUUUAAUUACAUUAUCCUCCUUUAAUUCAUUACUAAUUGAGUCCUGUAUCAGCUGCUCCAUUAUCUUGCCCAGGAUCAAUGUCAGGCUGACAGGCCUAUAAUCUCCGAGGUCAUCCUGUUUGGUUUUUUUUAAAAUUGGCCCAACAUUAGCUUUCAGUCUUCUGAAAGCCAAUGCUCCAUGACUUAUUGAAAAUUAACAUUAAUUGUCCAGUGUGCUCCUCGGCCAGCUUAUCCAAACUUCCUGAAUGCAAAUUACCUGGACCUACUGAUUUUAAAAAUGGCUAAAUUUAGUAGUUUCUGUUUCACAUCCUCCAGAGACAAGUGGAAUGGAAAGAGUGUUAUCACCAUCAUGUGAUGAGACUGCAACAUCUGUUUUAUCCCCAAAUACAGAACAUAAAUAUUUUUGAGCACCUCUGCCUUUCCUGCAUUAUUAUUGAUUCUACUGUUUCCAUCUAGCAAUGGACCAAUACCAUUGUCAAUAUUCUUUUUGUUCCUAACAUAUUUUUAAAAAAACUCAUUGUUAACUCUGCUGGCCAUAGAUUUCUUCUUGUGUCCCUUGGCUUCCCCUAUCUGUUUUCUACAACUCCUAACUACUGAUUUAUAUUCAUUAUUAUCAGCUUUCCCCUUAUAUUAUUCCCCUUUCUUCCAUUUGUUCUUUCCACUUUAAUUUUUUUAAAUUUCCCCUCUAAACCAGUUGUCUGGGUAGGGUUUUUUUUUUUAACCUGUACAGCAAUCUUCCUCAGCUGUGACUUUUGUGUAUUUAGUAAGGUCUUUCUUUAACAAUUCCCAAUUAGCAUUCACAUUUUUCUGAUUAAAUUCUUCCUCCCAGCUCAUUUGGCUCAUUUCAGCUUUGUGAAAUUGGCUCUAUUAAAGCAACAAGUGUGUGUGUCUGUGUACAUUGGAAGCUCGUCUAGGGUGGAAGGUGAGGGUCAUUGGCUUUGGGAUCCAAACUGUUUGCUCUAUAACUUUUCCUGCCCCAUAAUCACCCUAAAAAGCUAUUCUUUCACCAAGGUUAGUCCAGGUAACUCAUAGAUUAUUACCAAAUGUAAGAUCAGAUAUCCUUAUCUUUGGGGUAUUUGGGGUAUUUCUGAAGAGGUAGGUGUGGGGCAGGCUCUGUUCCCUCAGGCAAAGCAGAAUGUAGCAGCCCGCCUCCUUAGUGAAUUGUUUCCAUUGUUCUUAGUGAAUUCCCACAGGAGUACAAAAUAGGUAUAAAAAUGUUAAGAUUCCUUUAUGUUGCCAGAGUGGGGUAAAGCCUUAUUGUUAGGACAGUAUGGCCUUAUAAAUGCUUAUCGUGCUUUAGUGAUUAUAACUGAUGUACAUUUUUGGACUGCAAAAAUUUCCUAUCAAAAUUUUCCUCCAUUAACUGUUUGCUACUCACUUUUUGAAGAUGGUCAGUAGCCAGUAUAAAUUGUGAGUUUGAGUCCAUAGCCCUCACUUACUUUUCAGUUGCCUAUGAUAUAACACUGAGCAUAUUGCUGCAUAUAUUUGUUGACAAUAACUAGACAGAAAGGGUCAAUACUAGCUGCAUUACUAUUAGACGGAGAGGGUUUGGUGAUUUCCUCCAAUGCUCUCCACUCCCAUUCUCCAUCCAUUGUAUUGUAGUUUAAAUAAAUUACCAAAAUAAUUGAAACUUGCUGGAUUAAAUUACAUUACUUUGACAAAACAAUGCAGAAUUUUGCAGUUUUUUAAAAUAUUGUAUGCAGAAUUUUUAAUUUUUUGGUGUGGAAUUUUUAAUUUUUUUGUUGCAGAAUUCCCCCAGGAGUAGCAUAAGAGAGAGAUUAAAUUAAGAUUAUGGAAAAGACUUAAAUCUAUGCCUUCUAUAGUAUCUUUUACUGAAAUACUUCAAGUUCAUGGUCUCACUGCAGAAAAACUAAAUGAUGUUUUUUGUAGUUGUCUUCACCACAUCAUCAGUGGGGAGAUACCCAUGAAUGACACUUUGCAGGUGUUAAAUUUGAGAUAGUCAGAAAUCAAGGUUUCAAAAGAGGAGUUAAAAUAAACAUAACUUUAAAAUGCAGUCGGUCUCCAGGACUUGAUGGUAUUCAUUAAAAUAUGACUAAACUGCUGUAAGCAUCUUUCUUUUAAAAAUUACAUCUGUAUAAGAUCUUAAGUGCCACAUUUCAAUUUGAUGCUAUUAAAAUGUCAGGCUGAGCUUUAUGGAUUAAGUAAAUAAAAUACUUCUCAACCCUGUAAUUUUUUAUUUUCUCAAUAGCUGAUAAUGAUGGUCAAUGAGUACAAAUGUAAACUUCUAUUUAUUUAAAAACGCAACAUUAAUUGCCCGUACAUUUUCAUAUACUCAGAACAACAGUGGCAUUGUUGCUCUUUACAGAAUAUGGAGUAUGCAUUGAUAAGUUCUUUGAUGGCUGCUGAGUCCGUCCACAGGUAGGGUACACCCAUACACUAGCAUUGCUCUGAAUCUGAGCAGCAGAUUCUUUCCCUCUGAUGCUGGUCAUCAUAAAGCUUGAUCCAAUCUGCCUUGCAACAUCUCGCUCCAUCUACAAGCUGAUUCUGUCCAUCAGAGCAACAUUCUGAACUCCUUUCCCAAUCAUCUACAGAGAUUCCAAAGGAUACUAAAUAAUUUUUGCAAGCAUCCUGAAAUCUGUGCAGUGGUCUGCUUCUAUUUCUAUACCCUUCAGAAGCUUCAAAGUACAGCACACUCUUCAGGAUCCUGUAAUCUAGCAUUCGCUUGACAUUUCCAAGCCACCUGAGCCUUUUUUUACUAAUCAGUGUUCCCAUGAAUGGCAUACCAGCACAGUUUAACAUUUCCACGUCACCCUGUCUUGCCAUCUUAUUUGAAGAAUUUUACAUAAGCAUCUGAUAUGAAAACUGUUUAGUCUUUUGGUAUGUUUGACGUAAGUCAUCCUUGUUUCUGAGCCAUAUAGAAGAGUGGAUAAAACACAUGUCUCAUAAAUACAAAUUUUCACUUUAGUUGACAAUUUGUUAUUGUUCCAGGCUCUGUUUUUGCAAAAGACCAAAGUGUAAGGUCUGAGGCCUUUUUCUGCAGCCAUAUUGGGAGAGCAGGAGCCAAAAAGCAGAAAGUCUCAUCCCCUCGUUCCAUCUAAAUUUCAUGAAGAUAAUGUAAUAUUGGGCUGCUAAGAAGGAGAUCCUGUCCUAAUAGUACCCACCAUCACCAGAUAAAGAAACAGAUCUUAAAAUGUUGAAAGAAAACUUUGUUUGGCAGCAUUCUGCCUGGCAAGGAAUGACUUACCUACAGUUGUGGGUGUGAAAUCUCUACUUCAUUACUGUUUUUCUUUUAUGGUCACCACUUCUCUGUUUAUCUGUAUGGUUUCUGUCUGGUUCUUUGAUUGUUUGUCUGUUGCAUAAUUAAUUUUAAAAGAUUUAAAUCAACAGGUGGUGGGGUAUGAUUGGGUAAAGAAUUGCUUCACAAUAUGUUAGGAUUAGUCAAAGAAUUAUUUUGUAAAAUUUUAGUUAAAUGAUUGGUUACGGUAUAGCUAAGCAGGACUCAAGUUUCACUAUAUAAACUGAGAUCCAAGAAAGAGACCAGCUGGGAAGGAAAAAGAAGCAUAAGAAGAAAAGACCUGGAAGAAGAAGAACUCCUCCCCAUCAAGACACUGUCUGAGAACAGAGCUGCUAGAAUCCUAUGCAUGACCAUGACAUGAAGAAACCAGAUGAGACUGACCUUGCCUGGCCAACAAGGAAAGUCCGCCUACGUGAUUAGGAUUGUUGUAAGCACUUUGGAAGGGACAUUGCUCCAAAUCCUUGGCUGCAGCCAACGAGUACUCUGCACAGUUCUGGAAUGGCAGUGAUACUGCAAGGUUGCACUUGCUAAAAGGGUGGCAGAGCUGUUACGAUAGUGUGCACUUCCUGUGAGCCCCAAGAGGAGUUUUGGCUGGCGCUCCCACUGCAACUCAGUGACUUCUCAUCAUGCCCAAUGCAGGAAAUCAUGAACUCAGGAUAGUCACUCUACAGUAUAACAACUCUCUAAAUUUAGGAUCCGACUGUCUGGCUUGGUGUAUGUGCGCAAAUGAGAAUGAUUAGGGUGCUCAGAAGACUUCUCAGCCACCCAUUGACUUUGUCCUUACCCAUAACUAUUUUACAUUUGGGGACAAUGUAUACCUUCAGAUCAGCGGCACUGCUAUUGGUACCCUCAUGGCCCCACAGUAUGCCAACAUUUUUAUGGCUGACUUAGAACAACGCUUCCUCAGCUCUCGUCCCCUAACGCCCCUACUCUACUUGCGCUAUAUUGAUGACAUCUUCAUCAUCUGGACCCAUGGAAAAGAAGCCCUUGAGGAAUUCCACCAUGAUUUCAACAAUUUCCAUCCCACCAUCAACCUCAGCCUGGUCCAGUCCACACAAGAGAUUCACUUCCUGGACACUACAGUGCUAAUAAACGAUGGUCACAUAAACACCACCCUAUACCGGAAACCUACUGACCACUAUUCCUACCUACAUGCCUCCAGCUUUCACCCUGACCACACCACACAAUCCAUUGUCUACAGCCAAACUCUGCAAUACAACCGCAUUUGCUCCAACCCCUCAGACAGAGACAAACACCUACAAGAUCUCUAUCAAGCAUUCUUACAACUACAAUACCCACCUGUGGAAGUGAAGAAACAGAUUGAUAGAGCCAGAAGAGUUCCCAGAAGUCACCUACUACAGGACAGGCCUAACAAAGAAAAUAACAGAACGCCACUAGCAGUCACCUUCAGCCCCCAACUAAAACCUCUCAAACGCAUUAUUAAGGAUCUACAACCUAUCCUGAAGGAGGACCCAACACUCUCACAAAUCUUGGGAGACAGGCCAGUCCUUGCCUACAGACAGCCCCCCAACUUGAAGCAAAUACUCCCCAGCAACCAUGUACCACACAACAGAACCACUAACCCAGGAACCUAUCCUUGCAACAAAGCCCGUUGCCAACUGUGCUCACAUAUCUAUUCAAGGGACACCAUCACAGGGCCUAAUAACAUCAGCCACACUAUCAGAGGCUCGUUCACCUGCACAUCCACCAAUGUGAUAUAUGCCCUCGUGCCAGCAAUGCCCCUCUGCCAUGUACGCUGGUCAAACUGGACAGUCUCUACAUAAAAGAAUAAAUGGACACAAAUAAGAUGUCAAGAAUUAUAACAUUCAUAAACCAGUCGGAGAACACUUCAGUCUCUCUGGUCAUGCGAUUACAGACAUGAAAGUUGCGAUAUUACAACAGAAAAACUUCAAAACCAGACUCCAGCGAGAGACUAUUGAAUUAGAAUUUAUUUUCAAAUUGGAUACAAUUAACUUAGGCUUGAAUAGAGACUGGAAGUGGCUAAGUUAUUAUGCAAGGUAACCUAUUUCCCCUUGUUUUUUCCUACCCACAUUUCCCCCCCCCCCCCCCCCGUUCCUCAGAUGUUCUUGUUAAACCCUGGAUUUGUGCUGGAAAUGGCCCAACUUGAGUAUCAUACACAUUGUAAGGAGAGUGAUCACUUUAGAUAAGCUAUUACCAGCAGGAGAGUGGGGUGAGGGGAGAGAAAACGUUUUGUAGUGGGAAACACCCAUUUUUUCAUGGUUUGUAUGUAUAAGAACAUCUUCUGUAUUUUCCACUGAAUGCAUCCAAUGAAGUGAGCUGUAGCUCACGAAAGCUUAUGCUCAAAUAAAUUGGUUAGUCUCUAAGAUGCCACAACUACUCCUUUUCUUUUUGCGAAUACAGACUAACACGGCUGUUACUCUGAAACCUGCCAUUGAUCUUCAUGUUUCUGUUAACGGGCCA